AUGAGUCCAAUACUUCCCCUAACUUCAUUGCUUUUGCCUAAUUUCCUGUUCUUUGCGAAGCAUCUUGGCAGGCCAUUUCUCUCUUGUAGAGGGCUAUUUUUUUCUCAGCCUUUCACAUUCUUACACAAAAUGGAGAAGUUUGACUCAUCACAACGCCUAUCCCUUCUUCGUAAGGAGAUGAGGAGUCGCAGUCUCGAUGCUUUUCUUCUUCCUAUGGAAGAUAGUCAUUUUAGUGAAUAUCUUUCAGCUGCAGAUGAAAGAAUCGCUUUCAUAUCUGGAUUUACAGGCUCUGCAGGCACUGCUGUAAUUACUGUCGAUGAUAAGGCUGCUCUUUGGACUGAUGGUCGAUAUCAUAACCAGGCUUCCGUGGAACUUGAUAAUAAUUGGAUCCUCAUGCGUGAAGGUCUUCCGGACGUCCCUACAAUUCCAUCUUGGCUGGCCAAAACAACUCAUUCUUCAUCUCAAAUUGGUUUUGACCCUAGCCAGUUGCCAUUCAUUAACCUACAAAAAUUCCAGCGUGAGUUGUCUGACGUAUCGCCUGAGCCCGAUGCUACUCGCCAAUUCGUACCUGUUGAAGGCGCAAAUCUAAUUGAUAUUAUUUGGAAUGACCGUCCUGCUCGACCCAAUAAAUCCAUUCGUACUGUUUCCGUAGAAUCUUUUGCCGGAUAUUCGUGGGAGGCUAAACUCGACAUUCUUCGCGAACGCAUGAAAGCCAAAAACGCUACCUCAUUAAUUCUCUUUCAACUUGAUGAAAUUGCGUGGCUCUUCAAUCUUCGUGGCUCAGAUAUUAGCUACAAUCCAGUCUUCUUUUCCUAUGCUGUCGUUAUGUUGGAAGAAGCUCAUCUUUUUGUUGAUUGGAAACGACGUUCAAUUUCUAUCAACUUUGAGGAACACUUCAAGUCGUCUACCCAUCCACUGUACAUUCAUUCCUACGGUGAAUUCAACUCUUGGUUGAACUCGAAUUCCAUCUGGAGAAGUGGUCGAGUUUGGCUUCCUGUAGUGUCAAGCCAUGCCAUUGUGUCCGUUGUUCCUGAGAAGCAGCGCUUCUUCGAUAUCUCCCCAGUGUCUACCAUGAAAGCCGUCAAGAACUCUCAUGAAGUGGAGGGCAUUCGUUUGGCUAAUUUUACUGACUCACUGGCCCUGUGCGAUUUUCUCGCAUGGCUGGAAGAUGUUGCCCAGAAUGGUGAAAUGAAUCCUAGAGCUGUUGUGCCCUGUAAUCUUGAAGGUGUUGAACCUCCACAACGUGCUACUGAAGCUUCUCUGGCUAUGUAUUUGGAUAAAAUUCGGAAUGGGGCAGAUGGUUGCCUUGGACUUAGCUUCCCUACCAUUCCCGGAGCUGAUGCUAAUGGGGCUAUUAUUCACUACCAUGUGAAUGAUAGCGGUAAUAGUGCACCGGUAACUGCUUCUUCCCUAUUUCUGGUUGAUUCUGGAGGCCAGUACGAGACAGGAACCACGGAUGUUACACGAACAGUUCAUUUGGGAACUCCCACUGAGGAGCAGAUUGCAGAUUAUACGCAGGUGCUAAAGGCUCACGCAACCCUUGCCAGUUUGGUGAGUUUAUGGCAAUGCUUUUUUGUCUUGGAAUUUUCAUGA